AUUUCUGAAGUGAGACUAGGAAGAGAAGAUGAACAAUUCCCUGGAUUAUCUGGCCUACCCUGUUAUCGUCUCUAAUCACAGGCAAAGCACAACCUUCAGAAAGAAACUGGACUUUGGCCACUACAUAUCUCACAAGAAUAGAAUACAAAUAGUGAAGCCUACUGUUGAUACCAAACCUCCAGUGGCGCACACACAUCACAUUUUAAAAUUGAGCAAACUACAGGGUGAACAAAAGAAAAUCAACAAAAUCGAGUAUGAAAACAAGCAACUGUGUCAGAAAAUCGCAAAUGCCCAUCGUGGCCCUGCCAAGGUGGAUUGCUGGAAUGAAUAUUUUUCCAAGAGCUUAAACAGAGAAACGAGGAACCGCGAGCUAGUGAGAAUCACCAUGGAAAACCAGGGCAUUCUGAAGAGGCUUGUUGAUCGCAAACCCCACUAUGACCGCAGGGCGUCUGAGAUAGACUGGCAGAAUUCAAGGCGCUAUAUCAGAAAUACUACGAGAUAUCUUCUCUCCCAAAAUGAAUAGGUUAUUCACCAUAGAAAAGGUACAAGAGAAGGCCCUGGGAUUUCCUGGCUGCUUAGAAUCGGAAGACACUCCUGAGUGGCUGAAUGCUCAAUCUUCAGACACUUCAAUAAAGCUUGGAACAUAAAAUGUGGAAGUUACAUUUAGGGGACCCAAAGGCUUUACGUUCUCAUUCCAAAAUGGGGCAGGCAGAAGGAAAGAUGCAAUGAGCAUUUUUAUUUGGGGCUAUGAAAAGAAGUUUUAACGAGAGAAAGAGAGAGAGAAAUCAGAGAACUCUUUAAAACAUACACCAUCAUCACCAUCCCACGGAAGAAGAAAAGCUGGGGUGAGAUCAUCCAGCCACAAGUACAGCACUGUCAAAAUGGAAAACAAAAUCACAUGGCAACAUCAAGGUUCAGAAAACACAAGGAACAAGUGCCGUUAGUUCCUCUGUGAAUAUACACAAU